CCCAUUUCUGCUUCAACACCCACUUCCACACUUGCGCACCCACAAAACCAAUCAGUAUUCCGGAUUGAAGCUCCCUGCUGUAGACAAUUUGCCGGCCGGCAACGGUUUCUGUCGCUACUUCAUUCCCGACGAUCAUGAUCACACGCUCGUCGCGCUCAAAAUUCGAAGUACAACCGUAACCAUGUGUUCCUGAACUCGGGGCCGAAGGGGGACGAACUGGAGCUCAAAGUCGCUCCUGGCAAACCCCUCAGCUGUGUCUCUUCAAAAAAAGCACCUCCGCAGUCAUCCAUCACCAUUGGUCAAUAGCAAACGACUUCUUCCCCGCGGGCCGUUGCAAUGAAAAUCCUCGGAUACUUACAUAGAUCCACCUCGAGACUGCAGCAUAUGAUCACACCGGAGGCUUUAUCCGUCGUUGUGACCUCAGAGUUUAUCCACCGAGCAGCCGGGCUGAGCGACCUAUUUAAAAGUCGUGGUGGAUCGGCGGUGCGCAACCAUACGACCGCCCUCCUCAUUCAUCUCCCUCCCUAGUUGAAAUGUUCUCCACUCUCCUCGCCCUGCUUUUCACCGCCUUGGUGGCGAACGUCAGUGCCGUCCCUGUGAACGGGACGACCGUCGAGGCGCGUUCCGGCACGGCACCCAGCGAGGGCACGAGCAACGGGUUCUUCUACUCGUUCUGGACCGACGGAGGUGCCGCCGUGACCUACACCAACGGCGCCGCCGGCCAAUACAGCGUGACCUGGAGUGGGAACGGGAACUUUGUCGGUGGCAAGGGAUGGAACCCCGGCUCUGCUAGGGCAAUCAAGUACAGCGCGACGUACAAGCCCAACGGGAACAGCUACCUCUCAGUCUACGGAUGGACAACGAACCCGCUCAUCGAGUACUACAUCACAGAGAACUUCGGAACAUACAACCCCUCGACCGGCCUGUCCCAGGUCGGCACGGUCACUUCUGACGGCUCCAGCUACAAGAUCUACCGGACCCAGCGCGUCAAUGCGCCGUCCAUCUCCGGCACCGCGACCUUCGACCAGUUCUGGUCCGUUCGCGACAGCCACCGCUCGGCUGGAACGGUCACCACGGCGAAUCACUUCAACGCAUGGGCGUCUCACGGCAUGCACCUCGGCAGCAACUUCAACUACCAGAUCGUAGCAACCGAGGGUUACUUCAGCAAGGGCUCCUCGACUGUGACUGUGUCGUAAACAUCGGUCGUCGAAGGAUGUACUUAUUAGUCACUCAUUUAUAAACAAACCCGUAAUUGAUCCUAUGCAUUCGUGGAUUUCAUCUGGAGAUGACUUGUUCUCUAACUUGAAGUUGCAACAAACUCAAGCUGCAUCGCGCGAGCAUCCUCAUCACGUGCGGAUCUUCCGGACAUACAGCCACAACGGGUUUGCACGCUUGACUUGCUCUUGGCACUCGGAGAUCGGAGCACACUCGCGAAUCCGUCAGGGUAGUGUGCUCUUGAACUGUUAAGCCAGCCGUGGAGGAACCCAUCUGGGGCAAGAAUUCGAAAUGUCCGCUCCGUCCUCCUCGAUCACUUUCAAUGAAACUCUUCGGACCCAGAAACCUCCUGAAGCACGAGUGCGAUGACAUCCUCACCCCUGGGCCGGAAUCUUUAUGGGUGCCAGACUUUCAAAUUUAUUCAGCGAGCGGUCGGUCGGCCCUUAUUGCUUACAGCAAUAUAAGCCUCGGUCCAUGCGUACCCGUAGAGUAGUCUCCUCAUUCCGACCCUGUUUCUCGCUCCAUCGGCAAGAAUGCUCUCCACGCUCUUUACCAUGCUCCUCGCCGCCUUGGUGGCGAACAUCACCGUCAGCGCCUCCCCAGUGAACGGGACCGCCAUCGAAGCGCGAUCCGGCACGCGGCCCAGCCAGGGAGUGAGCAACGGGUUCUUCUACUCGUUCUGGACGGACGGUGGCGCGACCGUCUACUACACAAACGGUGCUGCAGGUCACUACGACGUGAUCUGGAGCGGGAACGGUAACUUCGUCGGCGGAAAGGGAUGGAACCCGGGCUCCCGCAGGUCGAUCACUUAUAGCGCGCAGUACUACCCCAACGGGAACAGCUACCUCUCCGUCUACGGAUGGACGACAAACCCGCUUGUCGAGUACUAUAUCACGGAGAAUUUCGGAACAUACAACCCCUCGACCGGCACCGCGCAGGUCGGCACAGUCUACUCGGACGGCUCGAACUACAAGAUCUCUCGCACCAAGCGCGUCAACGCGCCCUCAAUCUCAGGCACCGCGACCUUCGACCAGUUCUGGUCCGUCCGCGAUAACCACCGCUCGUCCGGGACCGUCACCACUGCCAACCACUUCAACGCGUGGGCCGCGCAUGGCAUGCACCUCGGCAGCAACUUCAACUACCAGAUCGUGGCGACGGAGGGCUACUUCAGCAAGGGAUCUUCUCAUGUGACCGUGUCCUAG